GGGCGGGCGCCAGGGGGUGCGGGCCCCGCGGGGCGGCCAUGGAGUGAGGCGGCGCGCGGACUCGCGCUCGGACGGACCGACGGACGCACGGACCGACCCUCGGCGGCCCCGGGCUCCGCGCGCCGGAAGAUGAACAGGGCAGAUUCACCAAAACCACCAGUUGCUCCCAAGCCAAAGACUGCCAGUCCUCUCACGCCAGUGACGGCACCCAAAUUUCCUUCGUCACCCCGGCUCGAUAGUCUUCACAGUCCCAACUCCAUGUCUAGGGGGCCAAAACCCCCCAUCGCCCCUAAACCCAGGCUGGCCGCCCCCAACGAGUGGAGAGCCAGCAUCUACAUGAUCAACAGCUUGAACAAGUGCAGCAACGGGAAGUUGGUGUGUGUGGACAGAGGGCUUUAUGAAAAGCACCUGUCUAACCCGGAGUGCUCUGAAUCUGAGGGGGAUGAGGAUUACAUCGUCGUCCCUGGGGCUCCCCCAAAAGAGGAUGAACCCAGGGAUGGGGGCCCUGCAGAGAAUGCAGUCAUGAUGCCUCUGGAUGCCACUGGGGAAGAAGAGUGUCAGGAGGGAGGUGGGGAGUGUGACAUGGAGGGGGCAGGAGCCGCUGAGGAUGUGGCAGCCCCAGCUGACAUGGUGCUGAGUGGAGAGGGUGACGAAGCCGUCACUCCUGAGGACUGUGUCCCUGACCUGGGUGCAGAGGAGCAGAAGUUCACAGGUGAGGAAGAAGUGCAGCUGGUAGAAGGACACAACAUGGGCAGCCUGGCGGACAGGGGCCCCUGGGAUGGAGAGGCGGUGCUCCCGAGCAAUAUCAUCCUGACUCACAUUGAUCUAGAAGAUCCACCAGCUCCUGGUGAGGAGCCCGGGCCCCCCGGGACACCCCCGGGGGCAGAAGAGGGUCGUGAGGAAGGCUGUGCUCAUGCAGAGCCAGGGGCGCCAGACAAGCGCGUGGAUUCAGAUGGACCGGCUGAGGGGGAUGUUGAAGAUGCUAGUGAGGCCCCCCCAGAGAAUGAUGGAUUGGCUGUGGGUGAACCAGAGGCAGAGGCGGGCACCCACAGCCCUCAAAUCUCUGAGGAGUGUGAAGAUGCCACAGGCGGUGGCAACCACCGUGAUGAGGAUGAACCACCUGACCAAUGUGAGAAAACCAGCCAAGAAGGAAUGGCAGCCACCCCGGAGGCGGGAGGAGACCCCCGGGAAGGUGAAGACCCCGUGCAGGAGGAACCUGCCGAGGACAGCUGCCAGAUCGUUCCUUUCGAGAAUGAGUGUGUGGAUGACUUUGUGACUUCACUGUCAGCAAGUCCCUAUGAGUUCUUCCCAACUGAGAGCACCUCCUUCUGUAGCGAAAGCUACUCCCCCUUUCCGGAGCCAGCAAAAGGCCUAGAGUCUGAGCGGGAAGCACAGCCAGGAGAAUGUGUGGAGCAGGACCCCAGGGCUGGGGCGCUGCGUGGUCAGCAUGGCUCUCUGCAGGGUGGCGCCACAGAGGGCCCCUCUGUCCCUGACGUGGUGGUCGUGCCGGAGGGCGAGGAUGCUGCCGACGAUGCACUUUCCAGCCCCUAUGAGAUGGGAGUCGGCCCGCCGUAUGGGGCUGACCCUGGGGAGGAAGAGAAGCCCGGCACACAGGCUGCCCAGGAUGGUCACGUCACGAAGGAGGAGAUGACCUCGGAUGCUGAGGGUGAGCUGGCCACCAUCGACAGGAAGAACACGAUCCCUAGGGCCAGGCCGCACUCUGGGAAGAUGGCAGGCUAUGUCCCUGAAACUGUCCUGGAAGAAACCGGGCCAGAAGCUGGCUUGUCAGCCAUUAGCAUCGGAGGUGCCACCAAGGAAGCACGAAAGAUGGUUCUGUCGUUGGAGGGGAAGCCGCUGGAAGCCGGCAGGGCCUUGCCGGCCAAACCCAGAGCCUUCACAUUGUACCCUCGGUCAUUCUCCGUGGAAGGCCGAGAGAUUCCCGUCUCCCUGUCCCGGGAGCCAGAGGCAUCCAGCUUAGAGGACCACAGGAUCAAAAGGAGGGACGACAGCCUCUCACUGCCUGGUGUGAUCGGCUCCUCCGGGAGCUUCUCCCACCGGAACCACCUCCCAUCCAGUGGCACCUCCACACCGUCUUCCGUGGUUGACAUCCCUCCCCCUUUCGACCUGGCCUGCAUCACCAAAAAGCCCAUCACGAAGAGCUCCCCCUCCCUGCUGAUCGAGAGUGAGCCCCUGGACAAGUACACCAAGAAGAAGAAGUCGUCCUUUAAGCGCUUCCUGGCACUGACGUUCAAAAAGAAGACAGAGAGCAAAAUGCACGUGGAUGUCAACGUGUCCUCUUCCAGGUCCUCUUCAGAAUCCAGCUACCACGGGCCUUCCAGGCUUCUGGAAAUUGACCGGAGGAGCCUCAGCAACUCACCCCAGCUGCAGGCUCGGACUGGCAAGCUCCGGGCCUCCGAGUCGCCCUCCUCCCUCAUCUUCUACAGGGAUGGUAAGAGGAAAGGCGUCCCUUUCAGCAGGACGGUGUCCAGGGUGGAGUCCUUUGAAGACCGCUCCCGGCCCCCCUUUCUGCCCUUGCCCCUGACCAAGCCACGGUCCAUCUCAUUCCCCAAUGCCGACACUUCGGACUAUGAGAACAUUCCAGCCAUGAACUCGGACUAUGAGAAUAUCCAGAUUCCACCCCGGAGGCCUGCAAGGGCCGGGACGUUUACAAAGCUGUUUGAAGAUCAGAGCAGAGCCCUGUCCACGGCCAAUGAAAAUGAUGGCUACGUGGACAUGAGCAGCUUCAAUGCUUUCGAGAGCAAACAGCAGAGCGUAGACCAGGAUGCAGAAAGCGCCUACACAGAGCCCUACAAGGUCUGUCCCAUCUCAGCAGCGGCCCCCAAAGAGGACCUCUCGUCGGAUGAAGAGCAGGGAAGCUCGGAGGAGGAGGACAGUGCUCCAAGAGACCCCAGCCUCACCCCUAAGGGGGAAGGACAGUCCAGAGCCCAUGUCAUCGCCCAGGAACUGCUGUCUUCGGAGAAAGUAUACGUGGAGAUGCUCCAGCACUUACAUUUGGAUUUCCAUGGAGCUGUCAUGAGUGCCUUGGAUGAAAUAGACCAAGAGGGCAAGGACACGUUGGCCAGGGAGGAGCUGAGACGCGGCCUGAACGAACUCCCAGCCAUCCACGACCUUCACCAGGGGAUCCUGGAGGAGCUGGGGGAGAGGCUGUCGCACUGGGAGGGCCAGCAGAAGGUAGCCGAUGUCUUCCUGGCCCGGGAGCAGGGGUUUGACCACCACGCUGCUCACAUCCUGCAGUUCGACAGGUAUCUGAGUCUGCUCGGUGAGAACUGCCUCCGCUCUCCCCGGCUGGCGGCUGCCGUCCAUGAGUUUGAGCAGAGUCAGCAAGGAGGCGGCCAGAGCAUGAGGCACCGGCUGCUGCGGGUGGUUCAGCGCCUCUUCCAGUACCAAGUGCUCCUCACAGACUACUUAAAUAACCUCUGCCCGGACUCAGCAGAGUACGAUAACACACAGGGUGCGCUGACCCUCAUCUCCAAAGUCACAGACCAUGCCAAUGACAGCAUGGAGCAAGGGGAAAACCUGCAGAAGCUGGUGCACAUUGAGCACAGCGUUCGGGGCCAAGGGGAUCUCCUCCAGCCAGGAAGGGAGUUUCUGAAGGAAGGAACACUGAUGAAGGUAACAGGGAAAAACAGACGCCCCCGGCACCUGUUUUUGAUGAGCGAUGUGCUCCUGUACACGUAUCCCCAGAAGGACGGGAAGUAUCGGCUGAAGAACACAUUGGCGGUGGCCAGCAUGAAGGUCAGCCGCCCUGUGAUGGAGCAGGUGCCCUACGCUCUAAAGAUGGAGACUCCUGAGUCCUGCCUGACUCUGUCUGCGAGCUCCUGUGCCGAGCGGGACGACUGGCAUGGCUGUCUGAGCAGAGCCCUCCCCGAGGACUACAAGGCCCAGGCUCUGGCUGCCUUCCACCACAGCGUGGAGAUUCGGGAGAGGCUGGGGGUCAGCCUUGGGGAGAGGCCCCCCACCCUGGUGCCCGUCACACAUGUCAUGAUGUGCAUGAACUGUGGCUGCGACUUCUCCCUCACCCUGCGGCGUCACCACUGCCACGCCUGUGGCAAGAUCGUGUGCCGCAACUGCUCGAGAAACAAGUACCCUCUGAAGUACCUCAGGGACCGGAUGGCCAAGGUCUGCGACGGCUGCUAUGGGGAGCUGAAGAAGAGGGGCGGGGACGGCCCAGGCCUGCGGAGAGAGCGGCCCGUGAGCAUGAGCUUCCCCUUGGCCUCUCCCCGCUUCUCAAGCAGUGCCUUCUCGUCCGUCUUCCAUAGCAUCAACCCCUCCACCUUCAAGAAGCAGAAGAAAGUCCCUUCAGCCCUGACGGAGGUGGCCGCCUCCGGGGAGGGCUCUGCCAUUAGUGGCUAUCUCAGCCGGUGUAAGAAAGGCAAGAGACACUGGAAGAAGCUCUGGUUUGUCAUCAAAGGCAAAGUGCUCUACACCUACAUGGCCAGUGAGGACACAGUGGCCAUGGAGAGUAUGCCCCUGCUGGGGUUCACCAUUGCCCCUGAAAAGGAAGAAGGCAGCAGUGAAGUAGGACCUAUUUUUCACCUUUAUCACAAGAAAACCCUAUUUUAUAGCUUCAAAGCUGAGGAUACCAAUUCAGCUCAGAGGUGGAUUGAGGCCAUGGAAGACGCAAGUGUGUUAUAGCAGUUAUCAAGCAUGGGGACUCAGAAUAUACUCUUAGGUUGAUACAUGGACCCUUCCAGAAGCCAAUCUGUGUCUCCACACAUCAGGACACACACCUGGAUUCAGCACGGGGCCUGACCUUUCUGCUGUAACCACCCCACACACCUUCACCAGGGGAACCUUUAAGGGAUAUUUAUGAACAGCUCCUUCUUGUCUUCAUGUUUUCCACCCCACCCGGCUCCACCCCAGCAUAAACUAUUUCCUACCCAACAGUGAGUUAAAAUUUAGCAACAUGAAGACAUGGAAACCAAUAGGAAAAUACCUUUAAGAAAUGUAGGCUUUUUAGUAGAAACAGGCUUUUACAAGUUUUACUCCUGGUAAAUAAACAUUAUCACCUAUCAUAUGGUUGAUAUUAGUGCCUCAGGUGAAACGAGAACCAACGGUAAAUAACAGCUACUCUCAUUGAAAGCACUUUAUUGUUUUACUGAGCUGCAACCUCCAAUUUUAUGUUCUCCAAGUGAUUUACUUAAGUCAAUAGAUGGAGUCCUGUAGACUAAUGUGCCAGCAGUACUCAGCGAGAUGUCUGAGGCCCGCCGCAAGCCGGCAACACGGAACGGGCUCUCCCUACUGCCGGGGGCGCCCGCGCUGCACAGGAAGGCGAGGAGCCCCUCUCCCCUGAUCCUGCGACCUGGAGACUGACGGGACUUACUACAGGAUGAUCCCUCCUUCCCAAAGGAGUCCUCACAUGCCCCCAGUGCCGGGAACACGGCCGCUGGCAGAUCCAACCCCACCCACGGGGUCAUGGCAAAGCCUCUGGGGAGACGGGAUCUGCUUAUUGUGUGCCUUCCCGUGUUUACCGCACACGAGCCGACGCUGUUCCGUGUACGAGAACCUGCACUUGUUACGGUAAUCCUUUGGCCAUUUUACUGAAGGCUUGAAAGAGAUGAAAAGAGAGAAAAGACACCAUCAGAAGGUGAAUUCGUGGUCUUGGCCAUGGCUCUGGAUACGGUGAGGCGGAGGAGAAGUAGUGGCUUGUAGAUACUCACUGGACGCGUGGGGCCCAGCCACCUCCCGCCGAAGACUGCUGCUCAUUAUACUGAACGUGUUUUCACAUAAAGCAGAGUUGGGGGGCAGGGGGAAUUCCUUGUUACUCUCAUCGAAAUAAAAAACAUUCAU